AGGAACAUUCAAGUUGAGAAAAGUGCUUUUCUUGGGUCCAUGUGAGGGCCAAACUGCUUUUGUGAUAAAGGGGAUUCUAAAGGCUCCUACCGACAUGUCGUCUCUAUCUGCUGAUAGUUGGAUCAACUUCCGAUAUGUCGAUCGCUUGACUGUUUGUGGAGGUGGCUCCUUGGAUGGUCAAGGUGCUAUUGCUUGGCCAAGAAAUGAGUGCAAAAAAACCCCUACUUGCCUCUCCCUUCCUACCACAAUGAAAUUUGAUUUUGUCACGAAUGGAAAAGUUCAUAACUUGCGAUCGAUCAACAGCAAGAACAACCAUUUCAUGCUUUUCGGAUGCAGCAAGAUAAACAUCACCAACAUCCAUAUCUCCGCCCCCGGGGACAGCCCCAACACCGAUGGAAUAAAAAUUGGAAACUCCGACAGCAUCAACAUAACAAACUCGAUCAUCGGCACUGGAGACGAUUGCAUUUCGAUGCUGUCCGGGAGCAAGAACAUCCACGUCUCGAACGUGGUUUGCGGCCCGGGACAUGGUAUCAGUAUAGGAAGCUUAGGGAAGUACGAGAAUGAAGAGGAUGUGAUGGGGAUUACAGUGAAGAAUUGCACUUUCAGGAACACAACUGAUGGUGUGAGAAUCAAGACGUGGGCUUCAUCUUCAACUGCGGAUGCUUACAAUAUUCACUAUGAGGAUAUUUUCAUGGACAAUGUUAGGAAUCCCAUCAUCAUUGAUCAACAAUAUUGCCCCAUUCCUCCAUGCAAUCAACAGGUAUCUUCAGGGGUGCAAAUAAGCAAUGUGAGAUUCAAGAACAUAUGGGGAAGCAGCAGUUCAGUCACGGCAGAGACAUUGAGAUGCAGCAAAAGCAGGCCAUGCAAGAACAUUGUGCUUGAAGACAUCAAUCUCAUCAGCUCUGACAAUGGAAAGCUUUUUUCUUCUUGUUUUUCUGUCACCGGCUUCUCUUAUGGCUAUCAAAAUCCCACUCCUUGCUUGUAGAAAUCUACACAAUUAGCUUUAGCUUGUGUGACAAUUACU